GGGAGGAGAUGCAAAUUCAUCAGGGUCAACACCUGAGCUACACGGCUAACGUUAGCCUCUUCGACAUCGGAGACAAAACAAAUGACACAACGAAGUCCUCUGUGCGCACAGGACAGGAUGGGAUGCUCCACCAGCUCCCAAACUUCAGCUGUGGACACGACUCGACCCAGUGCGAAGCCCGAGGAGAGCAACGGAACCAGCACCAUAGCCAACAAGAAUGGAAAUGUAGCAGAGGACAGUGAAACUCUCCCGGACCAAACCCCGGCUGUUGGUGGCGCCGCUGAUGAACCUGCUGCGGAUGCCACAUCUGCAGCUCCACCAGCAGCAGAGGAGGCUAAUGCUGCAUCUGCCAGUCCGCCUGCCAAGGCACCAGCACCAGCAGAACCACCAGCAGAUCCACCAGCACUAGAAGAACCAACAGAACCCGCAGCAGAUAGCACCACGGAGACGCCAGUGAGCUCCUCAGAACCUCCAGCUGCAGCUCCAGAGCACGAAAAAGCACCAGAGGCCACGGGGGCUGAUUCAGACCCGAAACCUGAGGAGGCACCAGCUCCCAUCGAGUGAAGUACAAUGUGGACGCCAGCAGAGAUUAAUCGGCUGGAGAGCUCUUCACUUGUUCGAAUAUAUUAGUGACAGAAUGCGUAAAUGUGAGUGUGAAACAGACAUCGCCUUGUUGCCAAGAUGCAGACCCUGUGAUAACCACUUUCAGUCAGGGUUCCUCAGUCAUCACUGUGCCUUCUUCCCCCUCCUGUAUUUCUGCUCGUAACCUGUACAGAUCUGCAGCACUUAGUGUGUUUCAUCAAAUUAUUCAGUAAACUGUUUAUUAGGUGUAUAGACAUUUAUAAUAGUCUGUAAUCUAACUUUAACCUGAAGAGUUUAUUCUUUAGUUUUCUACUAAAUUAUGUAAUUCUACUGAAACCAAAGCCAAAAGUAUAUUUGAUUUAUGAAAUAAUAAUUUGAGCAUUUGAGUUGCUGGCUUUGAUUGUACAACGAAUAUGAAGAGCUGGCACACUGUAGGUUUACUGAGCACUGAUUAAUGUGAGAGGGUUUUUUUGUUUUGUUUCUGAUGUGUCAUGAUUUCUCUCUGGAAAGUAAACCUGAAAUCUGUCAUAAGCUAUUGACUUAAUUAAUUAAAAGAGCCACCUUAAAUUGAAA